GGCCUGCGGGUGGCAAUGGGGGAAGGCGGGGACUCCAGCGCGCCGGGCUCGGAGCAGCUGCGGCUGGAGCUGGGGCAGGAGCUGCAGAUGAAGGAAACACUUGAACUCUCAAUAUUUGAAUUGAGAAACACAAUAACAGAACUUGAAAAAAGACUUCACAGUGUUGAGGAUGAAGGUAAUGAAUGGAAAACCAGGUAUGAGACACAAGUAGAAUUGAACAGACAACUAGAAAGGCAAACUGCUCUUCUUCAAGAAAAAAUGGAACAUAUUCGAGGGAAUCCAACAGAUAGAUUGUCUUCUAUUCGCUCCUUUGAUCAAAUGCCUGUGGGUUCCUUAAAUCAACUUCUUAAACAACUAGAAGAGGAAAAAAGAAGUCUCCAGAACCAACUGAAGGAUUAUGAGCUUAGACUGGAACAAGAAGCAAAGGCUUACCAUAAGGCUAAUGAUGAACGGCGCAUGUACCUAGCAGAGAUCUCACAGACAUCAGCUACGCUUAAAAUUGCUGAGAGGCAGAAAACAGAUGCAGUGCAGAUCAAGAGGGAAAACCAGAUCCUGAGAGGAAGACAUAAUGUUCCAGAAAAUCAAAGGAUUCUGGAUCCCAAAAAAGGACCAAUUAAAAAGACUGCAGGAGUGAAACUGCUUCCAAAAUUAAAGCACUGACUUAAUAUGCUUAACAAGAACUUCCAAUCAUUUUUUAUUCUUGUGUCUGUAUUUUUAACUAAAUUUUCUGAAGAAAAAUGAAUGUACCACAUUGAUUUAGGACACAUUCCAAUAGCAAUAGCUACUAAUGAAGAUAUGUGUGUCUCCUAGCAGUUUCAGAGGCUCCCUAUUCUGAGGAAAAAGUAGCCCUCUGUAGUCUUGUAAAAUGGAUCUUCAAGUAGUUCCUGGCUAUUGUUCUCUUAAUGCUAGUCAAGUCUGACGCUUCCUGGCUUCAUUGCUAUAUGUGAAAACUGAAGUCAUGGGAAUCAAGUUGGGUGACUCAGGGAAUCACUUAAAAUAGUAAUAGAAAUGUAGCCAUGUUAGUCUGGUGUAGCUGAAGUAAAAUGCAGGACUAUGUAGCA